GAGAGGAGAGGGGAGAGCGGAGAGGACAGAGAGGAAGGGAGAGGGUCUCACAGGGCAGCCUUGGGGAGCACACGCCGUGUGCCCCAUGAGCUCCAAACACCCCAUGAACCCAUCGUGUGUGCCCUGUGCACCCCAUACACCCUACACUUUCCAUACAUUCCCUACACUCCAUGUACCCUGUGCAUCCUGUGUGCCCUGUGCACCCCAUACCCACCAUAACUCCCGUACAGCCCAUGCGCCCCACUGCGCUCCAGGCACCCCACGUGCCCCAUGUCUGACCUGUGUCCUGUGCCCCACACACCCCAUACUCCCCACCCAGGCACCCCAGGCACCCCAUGUGCCCCAAUGUGCCCCAAUGUGCCGUGCAACCUGUGCACCCACGGACCCUGUAUGCCCCAUGUGCCUCACGCACCCCACGUACACCACACAACCCACAUGCCGAUGCACCCCAUGCACCCCACUUCCCCCCGUGAGCCCCAUGUACCUCAAACGUGCCCUACACCCCUGCACACAUCACACACCCCACACACCCCAAACAGCGAUGCCAGGGACUGCAUCACCACCACCCACGCCAUGCUGGCAGUCCCUGGUGGCUGGGUGCCCCAUUCCCAGUGCCAGUUCCCAGUGCAGGGUGCCCAUUCCCAGUGUCUGGUUCCCAGUGCAGGGUGCCCAUUCCCAGUGCCAGUUCCCAGUGCAGGGUGCCCCAUUCCCAGUGCCAGUUCCCAGUGCAGGGUGCCCAUUCCCAGUGCCAGGAUCCCAGUGCAGGGUGCCCAUUCCCAGUGUCUGGUUCCCAGUACAGGGUGCCCCAUUCCCAGUGCCAGGAUUCCAGUGGAGGGGGCAUGCAGGGCAGAUCCCCCAUCCCCUGGGACCAAGGCAGGUGGCUGUGGAAUGUUUUCACCCACAUUUCCACGCUGUGCCCUUAUUUUCAUCUGUGUGCCCACAUUGCCACUGCCCUCUCCUGGCUGAGCUCAGGAAUCUGGCACAGGUGUGGCAGAGUGUGUGAGUGUGCACCUGUGUGUGUGCACUGUGACCUGUGGUGUGCUCCACAGCCACAUGUGCUGUCCUGUGAACACACGUGUGCACUGCUGUGCCUUCACGUGCCCAGCUGUGCAGCCUGUGGGUUGCAGGUGUGUGCUGCUCAGCUCCGCUUCAAUCCUAUAAACUGUGCUCCCAAUGAAAAAAUGACACCUAUUUGGCCAUGUGUGCCCGUGUGUGUGCCCCCGUGG